ACGCAUCAUCGUCGCGGGUGGCGCGAGCUAGGGGAGCGGAGCCUUCCUCUUUCCCGGGCACUUAACUGAAAAACUGCAUUAUUAACGCCAUUAUCUCUCUGGUCAUUCGGUGCUAGCGGAGAGGACUAGAAGGUAUUUGGUAACCAAAAUGUGGAGACAGGAACAGCAACCAGACCAAGGAACGACAGGCUACCUCCCUGUGUCGCUCUUUAACCAGAGGAAGAGAAACAGGGUUCCUCUGAAAUCUGUUCCUGGGGAGAAUGAAUUCUUCUCCCCAGGUGAAUUCAUGGCCAGCACCGGUCCAGCCGCUCCUCUCGGCCCCUCAGGUACAUAUGGAGGUUACCAGGUCUCAGAUUCUUUUUCCAGCGCUCCUCAGAGCCAUCAGUGGAACAGAAAAGGAGUCGCAGAGCCGGCUAAAGCCCAGCAGUAUGGCAGCAGCAGACCUGCUCCUGGACCUUCAGCGGCGAGAGCCUACGCACCGUUACCACAUCCCUACAAAGCUGGGGCCAAGAGCUCUGUGAUGGGCCAAACCAGCAAUCCAGUUGGACGUUGGGAUUCCAGCUCUGGUGGUAGUUCCAGGCACGGCAGAAUCCAACAUCCGUAUGGCAAGGAGAACUCAAAAAGCCAGCCAACACACCCUCCUGGCUUCUCUCAGAUGGCUCAGCAGUCCACCUCCAAACAAACCGUCCCUGCGCGUCAAUAUUCCCAGCAGCCGAGGCCUCUUCCUCCUCCUCCUCCUCCUCAGGCACCACCCAGCAGGCCCUCUGCCCAGGCCGCACAGCAGCCUAACAAGUCCUGGAAAUUUACCAGCAGCUUUGAGCAACAGACAUCCUUUGUAAAAAAGAGUUCAACCCAGCCUCCGACGGCUCGGCCAGCCAAGUAUCAGCCGGAAGCGAGUCCAGUGAAGCCGGCUAUGGAGAACUCCCUGAGGAUCCUGACUACAGUCAUUAAUGGAAUGAGACACUGGAGCCAGUUCAAAGACAAAAUUCCUUACUUGUUUGAGAUAUUUGCUACUCUGGACUCUGCCGUCACACUGGGGCGCUACGGAGCCAAGAACUUCCUCAUGAGGGACGGGAAGGAUGUGCUGCAGUGUGUGUUCUAUGAAAAUGAGCAGGUGCUGCCACGCCUGAUCCGAGGCCAGGUCCAUCGCUGCGUCGGCAACUACGACCGCGGCAGAGACGUCCUGAUAUGCGUGUCGGUGAGAGCCGCCCUGCCGUCAGAGCAGAGGAACGCCCUGGAAGCCGUCAAGGUCUCGGAUGCAGAAAUGAGAGGCGUGGUCAAAGUAUUCAGCGAAGUUUGAGCAGCAGCUGUCUCAGUGGGUCAAAGUUUCAGGUUCACGGGAACGUUUCUGCACGUUGCAGUUUGCUGAGACGGUAGCUUUAAUAGUUGUUGAUGUUUGCCGUUUUCCCUGAAAGGAUGCUGCCUCCGUACGGUUAAAACCAGCUAACAGUUACGUGUUCUCCUUCAGUGUUUUUUGUUGUUUUCUGUGAACAAACAUAAAUUUGAUUUGAGCCAAACUUC